AUGUCUCGACAACCGGUCAACAGCCCUGCCGUGGAAAGCAUGGACGCUUCUCAGCACCAACUCAACAGUCUUGACACUAUCUCAUCCUCCUAUCCGUCGCCCUUCGCCGAGACGCCUCACUAUGUCCAGCAUGCCACCUUCUCGCUGUCUCACCAGAUGUCGACGCCGUCGCAACCGCAGACAUCCGCGGCCUCGUAUGACAUGUACGAAAGCAGCCCUUCCGGUCCCCCUACUCCUCCCAACACUCCACGCUCCCAGGACGACACGCAGCAGCAGCAGCUUCACGGUCAUCACCACCAGAUGACCCAAUUUCCCCCCCUGACCCAGGCGUAUGGUACUCAAUCUAUGCAGCCCCAGAUCACGAUGGCUCUUUCCCGUCCUCAGCCCAUCGCGCUUGCCUCGGCGUCUGGUGCUCAUGGCAGAUUCUCUUGCCCUCACCGGACCAAGACCUACUUUCACGUGAAGGACCAUCUGCCGCUCCGUGAGUGA